AUGUCUUUAUUCCGGGACUCCGGCUAUACUGAGACCUACCCAGCAGGCCAGGUAACCCUGCCAGUGGGCUCGCCGUUGUAUGUCGGCGUUUCUGUGGAGGAUAUGGACUCAAACUUGGCAGUUGUUCUGGAGCACUGCUUCGCCACACACACAUCCAACCCUGAAGACCCCAUACGGUACCCCCUGAUUGAGAACAAAUGUCCCACAGACCGCCGGCAGGUAUCAGUGGUUCAAAGUGGCUCCUCUCUCCAAGCUCGCUUCACUGCUCUGUUGUUCCUCCUGGGGGAGGAUUAUGGAGAUAUUUAUCUUCACUGUAGCCUCAGCCUGUGUGACAAGAGAAGCUCCAACUGUGUUCCAGUUUGUCGAAGCAGAACGUUGCGUUCUGCCUCCAGCUUUUCUGCGCUGAAGCCCAUCACCACUGGGCCAAUAGUCUGGAGCAAAUGAAUGAAUAGCAAGCUGUCAUCCAGGAAACAUGAAACAUCUGUAAAAUAAUCC